AUGACUACCAUAUCCCAAGCAAUCAUCAAUGACCACAGAGAGCUUGAGCAGUAUUACAAUGAAGUAAUUAAUAACGAAAACGAUCAUAACCAUCAGCAACGCUUCGGGAACCAAUUUAUUUGGGAGCUCGCAAGGCAUUCUGUGGGCGAAGAACUGGUCGUCUAUCCAGCCCUAGAAAAGCACCUCGGUGCAGAGGGUAAAGAAAUGGCCGAAUCUGACAGGAAGGAGCACCAUUCCGUCAAGCAAAUGCUGAAAGAGUUUCAGGAGUUGAGUGCCUCUGACUCGGGCUACGUCAAACAGUUGAAGAAGAUUUGGGGUUCUCUUUCCGAUCACAUUAAAGAAGAGGAGGAACGAGAUCUACCUGCUCUGGAAAGCAAACUAAAGUCAUCCGAGGAUGAGUCCAAGUCCAUGGCCCAGUCUUUUGAGCGCACCAAAUUAUUUGUGCCUUCUCGCAGCCACCCCAGUGCUGGAGAGCACCCGCCGUUUGAGACUGCAAUGGGUUUGCUUGCCGCCCCUAUUGACAAGGUGGCUGAUCUAUUCCGACAGUUUCCUGACAAGGAGAAGCUGUAG